GACUCACGUUCAGUCUUCUCUGCUCCGUUCUCCAACACUGACUGAAAUAUCAUAACCUAGUGCUGCAGCUCCAAUCCCUAUAGGAUGGGAAGAAAAUUACUACACCACACACUUUUCUACUACAGCCACUAUUAAUUACUAGCACUGAUUCCUGACUGAAAAAAUUACGUGUUUAAAUUUGAUUUUGAAUUUGCUUCUACGUGUACUGAGUUGAAAUCGAUUCUCGGUGUGCUUGUAUAUUUGAAGAGAACCCUAUGUGAUCCGCAAAGAAUCAAAUUAGCCGAAAAAGUUAAUCAAGCGAAAUCAAUCAAUUGUGAUAUUUAAAUAAUUGGCUUCCUUAAAACUGCAAACCAUUUCUAUUUCAACAAAGGUGGAACUCAUAUCAAUCACGAACAAAAUAUAUCCUGCAACAGAAGAAUAUCCUAACGAUAGACCUUAGCAAUCGACUCAGCACAGAGAGAAAAUGUGAUGAUCCUCUAGAGUGAUAUUUCAUGGUCGAAAAAAAGAAGUGAUAAUAAUUGCUUUAUUAGAAGAAACAACCCCCGGGAGGGUCGCGAAACUUCAGAAACGGGAUUGUGGUGUACCGCCACACGCAUUGCAAGUUAUAUUCCCACCCAUCAUAGCAGGCGGGAAAGAAACAGGGUCCUAUUGUGUGUCACAGGAUCGAUCAUAUCGAUAGGCGGUUGGGUGUAUUCGGAAGAUUCGGAACGAAAAGCACAACGGGCGAAGGAUAAACAAACAAGGGCAAGCGAAAGCGAAAGGUACUUGCCCAUAUCGUCGUCGUCAAUUUGGUAGGGGGACAAAAGUAUGAUUAUAUAACACCCAUCAUCACUCGGCGGAAACAUCUUUCGCACUCGCAGUUUGGGGCGAGAGGGAGAAAGUUUUAAUAGACGACGGACGGUAGCGAGAGCGUGUUUGUUUCAGUGAUUGCUGCGAGUCAGCCAGCACCUCCGGCCGGAGUAAUGGCCAGCAGCAGCUGCUGGUUCUAGCUUGGGGGUGUCAUGCUGUUGGUAGGAUAGUAAGGCGCGUCUUGCUUACACCCAAAGCCAAAAGGAUAAAUGUAAAUUUCCCUGUGUGAUCGCAGAAGGCGGCGGGUGUUGCUGUAUCGUAUAUCUCAAUUGGCGUUUGGAGCGGCAUGUUCUCUCUAGUGGAAACGCUAAAUAUAGAAACGAAAGCACGACCAUUCCACCACCAUCAACUCCAGCUGCCGCGUAGUAAUUUGGCCUGGCGUCCCCACUACUGUCGUGAUUGAUUGCCUCCUGAUAUAGACACCCAAGUUCCUAAAAACAAGCUAUUGGUGGCUUCGAGAGGAAGAGAGAAGCCACCAUUUGAUUAAAAAUUGGAAUACGAAACCGGAGCAGAAGGAUCCCGCAGUCAAAUGGGGAUCUCGACGAUUGACCGCGCUUCUACCUCCGAACCGUCGUCGGAUCAUGACCCCGUAAUGCUGCUGACCAGGCGGAGAGGAAAGCAUGUUUAUCCAAAGCCAGAAACGGCCCAUCCCACUACUAGUAUACAAUAAUAGAGUCGUUACGGAAAUUGUAGCCGUCGUCGUCGUCGUUGUCGUCGUUAUUGUUGUUGUUGAUGUUGAUGUUUGUUCAUAUAGCGGUAGUUGUUGGCAGCUUUGGAAUAGCGAGCGCAUACAUAAUCAUCCCUUUUCCGACGGAGACAUCCUUUUCGAACGGUGGAAAUCACAUCGGCGGGCGGCAUCAGCCGGCGAAGAACGAAAAAGCACUGAUAGGAUAAUAGCAAAGACCGUCGCUGCUACCGUCAUAGUCGUCGUCCGUCAUCAUGGGCAAUGGAAUGAACAAGGUUAUGCCCGGGUUGUACAUAGGCAACUAUCGGGACUCGAAGGACUAUCAGCAAUUAGAUCGGUACCAAAUCACGCACAUUGUCUCAAUACAUGAUAGUCCACGGCGUUUCCAUCCGGACAAACACUACCUCUGUGUGAUGGCCGCCGACACACCAGACCAAAACCUGUCGCAAUACUUUUCCGUCUGUAAUGAUUUUAUACACGCCGCCCGGCUCAAGGACGGCCACGUGCUGAUCCACUGUCUGGCCGGGAUGUCCCGCUCGGUGACGGUGGCCGUGGCCUACAUCAUGUCCGUCACCCCGCUCAACUGGAAGGAGGCCUUGAAGGUGGUGCGCGCGGGUCGUGCCAUCGCCAAUCCCAAUCUCGGCUUCCAGAACCAGCUGCAGGAGUUUGAGUCCUGCAAACUGUUGGAUGAAAGGAAGCGACUAAAAGAACGUUUCCCUAGCUUAGCCUUGGAAAGUAAUGAUAGAGAGCAAUGCUUUGUAGCUUUAGAUAAUUACGAAAUUUUGUUAGAAAACAAAGGAGUUUGCGAAGGCCAAUGUAAAUUUGCAAAAGACUGUCCAACAGGGAUCUGUCGUUCGGAGUCACGUAGUGGCCUUCGCCGCAAGGGAAGUACCGCCUCGAGAAAGCAAUACAACCUCUCCUCAUCGCCGUCGACUUCGUCCCAGUUGUCGGUGCGAAGUGCAGCCCAGUCCUGUCCGACGUCACCGCGGAGUUCGAAAGGUGGUGGUGGUGGUGAUAGAGGCGGUGGCGGAACAGGUUCCUAUGGUGGCGCAGGUCAACGGAACAAUCCCCGGGCUGCCGGAGAGCAUGCGGCCGAGAUCGACAUUGGGGAACUGUCCGAGCUGCGCCGGAGUUCCAGUAUUGUUAGUACCUUCAGACCUCGCAGUAGUCCGGCCGGGUUGUACUCCUAUACGGGUUCAGCCCCUCCAUCCAUCCACGGUUCACGGGUCGAUUUAGCUAGUGGCACCGGUUCGGCCAUAUAUCUAGGUGCCAAUUCACCCUCCGCGAGCCCCUCACCCGGAAUGAGCCGCCGCGUUAGUCUAAGGUCACCGAAAUCCACCCCCAAGUCAACCCCAGAUUCCUCCCCGAAACCUUCGCCAAAGCGAGUAGCCCCCUCAAAAGCCUCGGCCAUAUCACAAUCAUCAGCAAGUAGUGGUAGCAAUAUUAGUAAAAACAAUAAUAGCAACAGCUCAUCACCGAUGAAAACUGUUGGCAGCUCAAAAUCGAACUCGAAACCACCAAUUGCCAGUUCCACCAAUGCCACCAAAUCUCCGGCCAGGGCUGUGCCGACUUCCUCCCCAUCAUCGUCCCAAUCACAGCAAUCCUCAGCAAAUCCCGCUGACAAAAGCACAAAAAACAGUGGCAAAAAAUGACAGGCACCAAAUGACAAAGCAUAAAUUUCUGAAACGCUUGUUGUAAACAAUCGCUUAAAAAGCUGAAAAUCCAAAAAAGCAAAAAUCAAAUGUCGAUAUUUUUGUCAGAAACAUUAAUAAUGGUGAUAUAUAUUUACCGCAAAAAUACACACACACACACACGAACCCCCUCCCACUUUAGUACACGUGUCCUCGGAGCGAUAGAAACAGCAAAUAGAACCGAUCUAAAUUUGAAUAGUGAAGCCUCGAUGUGAACGAAUCCUCUCGAAGAGAGUUCGUCAUGUAGCAGAAAUGCACGCGAAGUGGUGACGGAAUAUCGGUUGGAAUGAUAAUUUGAUGAUAAUAAUGGAAACGACAUAAUCCACACAAUAUAUAUUUAGUGAUUUUGUGACAUUUUAUUUUAUAUGAAAAAAAAAGAUGCGAAGAGUAAGGAAAGAUAUAGACACUAUAAGAAGCAUGUUUUAUUGGCUUGUACGAAAGCGAGAAAUAUGAAAAUAAAAUAUUUUGA